AUGCCACUGCUUGCUCCAAUAAACAGAAAUUCUUUUACGUUCCCCUACGCAAAAAAGUGGUCUGUACCCGGGAUGAAUUAUGAGAAAUGUCCAAGGCACUCUAUAAUUCAAUACCGCAACCUAAUCGACCAUCUUGGGCCAAACGAUUUUGUCUGGAUGCCGUACGAGGGUCUCGACCACCAGCCCAACCCCGACGAUGUCGCUGUGUGGACAGCAAAGACACCUAUAAUUAGGUUCACUACGGUGGAGAUGCACCAAAGUGAUCGGGUCAAACUCCAAUUCGGGAUGCAUCAAGAUAUUCCAGAUGCUCCCGUAGACUUGGGGAAGUGGCAUCAAAAACGGGUAGACGCACAGUGGAUGAUUGGUGAUUGGAAGGAGUUUGCAAAGGAGUUGCGUGUACUUUGGAAAAGAAGAAGGCAAUACGUCUUACCCGACAGUAUUGUGCACGGGGCUAGGCCAAGUCUUCAAUAUAUGACUUGGUUUAGUUCUGUCACGACAACCCAGCCUUUCCUGUCCCAGCCAACCUAUUUGUCCGAUCCAAGGGAACGCGGUUCUUCAUCAUACCCACAAAUACCAACAGACACCCCCCAUCAACAACAACCACCAUACGAAGACCAUCAACAACAACCACCAUACGAAGACCAUCAACAACAACCACCAUACGAAGACACCCCCCACUCCAUGCCAACAUAUACCCCCUAUCAACAACAACCACCUUACAUGCCACCAAUCCAAUCUCAGUCUCAAACAACUCACCAGUACAGCCCUGAUAUGUCUUUUGAUCCUACCCCUGCCACCUAUAUCCCGGACAACUCAUUCGACCCUACCCCCUCCAACUACACCUCCAACCACCCACUAUUUAACUACCACACACCACAACAACCAACACACCUAGACCAACCCAACUCCAUGUACACUUUCGAACAACCAUACCGUCCAUACUCCACCCACCCUCCCCGACAAUCGUACCAAAACAUGGGCGUUGCCCUUGACUACGGAAGUGCAUGUGACAUGGGACCUCCCGGCUAUUGGGGUCAAAUGAUGCAAGAUCUAGGUGAUACGCCGGGGCCGUCCCAACAUAACCCUCCACCACAACUCAACACACAACAUCCUGACACACCACAACAACAUCGUCGAAGACCUCGUCGCAACACGCGUCCCCCCCAGUGUGGCACCGGUGGUCACUUGGAUAGAGCCGAUCAUUAG